GCAAUCAUUCUAUAUUCUUGGUUACAGUCUCCAACUCUUUCACUAGGAUAAGGUCUAUUUUCUGACCAACCGAUCCUGCCUCUUCUGUUUGGCUCUUGGUGUUCUCAUCUGAUUCCUCCAACUAAUACUGCAUUAGUCUCAUUUCCCUUGUCUCUCAGUUCUCUGUGCUCUUUAGCGGACUGAGCUCUUCACUCUUUCCUCAUUACAGCUUUCUGCCUCCACUUACAUUUCAAUCUCUAAGCUCCGGAAAAGAUGACAUUUUGAGCAUACCCAAUUGUUAUUUUUGGGUAAAUAAUAUAACCCAGUUCUUAUUUACCUGUAUCAGUAGGUUAAUUUGAUUUGAAAUGAUGUGCAUACCUGAGCUGUUUAUAUGCCCAAUUAGUCUGGAGCUGUUCAAAGAUCCAGUGACUCUAUGCACAGGCCUAACCUAUGACAGGUCGAGCAUUCAACAAUGGCUGGCUGCUGGUAAUCUGACAUGUCCAGUCACAAUGCAGAAGCUUGAUGAUCCAAUCACCAUGGUUCCGAAUCACACUCUUCGCCAUUUGAUCACUCAGUGGCUGCAAAUGGGUAGUCAAACUCAAAACUCGAAUCAUUCUGAUGAUCAUUGUCACUUGGAAACCACAACUACUGAUUCUUUAGCUUCACUCAAACACGUACUAGAGUCUCGUGAGUUUGCCUUCGAGAACAAGGUUCAAGCACUCGAAAAGAUUUCAUCUUCACCGUCCACAAAUUACUUGCUACUGCAGCUCGGGUACUUGCCUUUGCUACUAGAACUAGUCUUUGGACUAGUUCCAGAAGCCAGAGUACUACUCAUCAGUGAAGAGUACUACUACAUCAAGUUUGUUGAGCUUGCGCUCUCUCGUGUUCUGAUACUGCUGCCUCUAGGGGGUGGGUUCGAGCCUCUAAAUAUUUUGAAAGAAGAGAGUAAAUUGUCAUCUUUCGAAGUCUUGUUGGCGGGCGGCUCUGCAUUCAUCAGAAUCAACUUAUGCCACCUUAUAGAGGCAGUUUCAGCAUCAGAGAGCAGCAGCAGCAGAACAAAAGGGCUGCGUGUUGUUCUUGGAAAGAACCAGGGGAUCUUGACUCAGCUGGUUCAGCUAAUUCUUCACCCGAGUGAUUCGGAGGAGGAGGCUGCAGAUGCUGCAAUCAGAGCCGUGUCAACAUUGUCUUCCUUUGAAGAUAACAUAGAGUCUUUGGUCAGAAAUGGCAUGUUAAAUGGACUAGUGACAUACAUUACUAGGACCGAAAAGCGCGAAAGAAGCUUGGCGCCAUUGGCAACGGCGAUAAUUGAGAGGCUUUUAGGAGUAGAGAGUGGAAAAGAGGAAUUGCUUAAUAGUAAUAACAAUAAUGGCACCGGUGGCAAUGGCAUUCAUGCUCUUGUUAAGAUGGUUUUCAGGGUAUCGUGGUCCAAUGUUGAUGAUGACCAUGAACACCACCGAGGGAGUGAGAGUGCCGUUACCUCACUUUUGAUUGUGUGCAAUGAUUCUUUAUCGGCACGAGAGGAAGCCAUUAGCGCCGGAGUGUUGACUCAGUUACUAUUGCUUAUGCAGAGCCAGUGCAGCAAUAGCACCAAAGCGAAGGCGAGAAUGUUACUCAAACUCCUUAGAACCAAGUGGUCUCAGGACUCCAAGCAAUUAAUCUCAAUGGUCUAGCUUACAAAAUCGUCUUUGAAUAUUUAAUUAUUGCCUAUGGUUGGCCUCUUGGCUUCUGUAGAGGUACCACAAACUAUCAAUGUGUAUCUCAUUUCACAUUUGCUUAUUUCUAUCAUCUACUCAAA